GUGACCUGCCCUCAGUGGCAGAGGGGUGCAAUCACCACCUGGUCCAGAAGCUGCUGCACCGCAUGGAGAAAUCCGUCAAGUUUGACGAGGCACCGAACCCCAGCAUCCUGCUGGCCAUGAACCUGGCUGGAGCCACCCACGGCCACGUCCACAACUGGCUGCUCCAGGAGAUAAAGAAGGAUGCAGUGGAGAGAGCCCAGACAGAUCUGACCUCGGGACAAGUGGCUCUGUACGUCCUCGCCCUCCUCUCCUCCUGCCAGGACCCCCGAAGUGUCCAUGCCAUGGGGAAGACUAUCAACCUGAUCCCCAUCCUGAAGCAGAAAAUGAAUGAGGAGAUAAGCAAAAACGUGAUCACCUGGUACACAGAGAGCCUGGACAUCCUGGCCCUGUGCCUGGUGAAGGAAUAUGACAACCAAGAUGCAGUCAGGGCUGUGGCAGAGGAGUUGCUGAAACAUAAGAGCUCCCCCGAUGUUGACACGGGGGCCAUGGCGGUAGUGGCGCUGGUGUGCGCCUACAACCACUCAGACAAGCAGCACCUGAUCCAUGAUGCACUAAAGGCAGUGACCAACGAUUUUCUGGAUAAACAAGAAAAGCACAGUGGGAUGAUCGGGAAUAUCUCCAGCAUGGGGCUGGCCCUGCAGGCUCUGGAGACCUCGAGUGAGUUUUACGCCCCUCGGAAGUGGGACCGUGCCCAGGCCUUCAGCGUGGUCUGCAACCAUGACUACCAACAGCCCAUGGCCAUAGCCCAGGUGCUGCCUCCCCUGGUGGGCAAGUCGUACCUGAACGCAGGUAGGUGGGGCUGUGCUGCCACCAAUGGAAUGUCCCCACGCCAACAGCUGCCCCUGUCUCCAGUGCUGGGGAGAACUGCAAUUCCAGCCUGGAGCUGACCUCCUGUGGCUUCCAUCACGGUGCAGUUCUCCAUCACCAACACGCUGAAGAAUUACUUCCACUACUCCACCUCGGUGUGUGUCCCAGGUAACUCCACGCUGCUCCAGGUGAUGAAGGUGGCAAGGAAUGAGAAACCCGACAUCUUUUGCUUCAAGACACAGAAGACAUCUUUGGGUCCCUUUGUGACCUCCAUCCACGAGCUGGCUGGCAAUGAAAACGAAAGGACCUACUGGCAGUUCCUCAGCUGCUGGAGUCCCCUCCAGGAAGGGGUUGGCACCUACAAACCGAAAAACUGGGAGCACAUCCAGGCCAUCUUCAGCACCUACUGAUGCCAGCAA